UCAACAUGUCGACGAAGAUGGUACCGUACGAGAAAAUUUAGGUCAUUUCUUCAUCGAUUUAAUUUAGAUUACUUGAAAUAUGUUUCAACGAUCAAAAGGAUGGCUUCCUGGACUCUUGUCAAAGCCAAAGAAUCCACAUUCAUUAGAGCAUUUGAAGUACCUUCACAGUCUGCUGUGUAAGAAUCAGACAGUAACAGAGGGUAACAGGAGUCUGCUGGUGGAAACACUGAGAUCCAUCUCAGAAAUCUUAAUCUGGGGAGAUCAGAAUGACAGCAGUGUGUUUGACUUCUUUUUGGAGAAGAACAUGCUCUCAUUUUUCCUGAGAUAUUUACAACAGAAAUCUGGUCGCUUUAUUUGUGUACAGCUUCUCCAGACUCUCAACAUUCUGUUUGAGAACAUCAGCAAUGAGACAUCACUCUAUUACCUCUUAUCUAACAAUCACAUCAACUCAAUCAUUGUCCACAAGUUUGACUUCUCUGAUGAGGAGGUUAUGGCGUAUUAUAUUUCCUUCCUGAAAACCUUAUCAUUCAAGCUGAACAGACAUACAAUUCACUUCUUCUAUAAUGAGCACACAAAUGACUUUGCCCUGUACACCGAGGCUAUCAAGUUCUUCAAUCACUCAGAGGCCAUGGUCAGAAUCGCUGUCAGGACAAUCACACUCAAUGUCUACAGAGUUGAGGACAAGACAAUGUUGAAGUACAUCAGGAAUCGGACUGCAGCUCCGUACUUCUCUAACCUUGUCUGGUUUAUUGGGAACCACAUACUGGACCUGGACAUGUGUGUCAGGAAUGAUGCAGACCAUCAGAGUAGGGACCGGUUGGCAGAUCUGGUAGCAGAACACCUGGAUCACUUACAUUACCUGAACGACAUCUUGUGUCUGAACAUUGACGCCCUGAAUGACGUCCUGACUGACCAGAUGCUUAAUCGUCUACUGAUUCCUCUGUAUGUGUACUCACUGACCAUGAGGAAGCGGUCAGCGGACAGAAUGGUUGACAGAAAGCAUGUCAGCUCAGUUGUGUCCCUUUUCCUUUUAUCUCAGGUGUUUCUAAUCAUUAGUUAUGCCCCUUUAGUGAGGCAGUUGGCAGAGAUUAUUUUUCAAGGUGAAAUCAGCUUAUCUAGGAAGGAGGCUUCCCCUGAAACGAGAGUGAGAGAGUUUGUUCCCCCUGCGGAAACUCUGGAGAAGACUUUGGAGAGUAACCGAGGGAGACCUGAUAAUAUGGAAGAUAAUGGUACGCUAAUUCAGGCAGGGAAUUCGGUAUUUUAUGCAAGAAUCGAGUCUUUGUCGUCGGGAAGGGGAACUGGUGAUGAGAUGCCACCAGAGUCGGAGCUGCCCCAGAGUCCCAGUAGUGAGGUGUUUUCUGGGGGUGAGGACAUGUCCAGUCCGAACCAGAACUCGACGGACGAGGAGAAACUCCUGAGUUCACUGGGUCGAGGUCACAGGAUGGAGUUACCGGGGGCAACAGACGCGGAACAAAGUCCAGCGACAUUUUCCCUGGACAACAGGCCCUACCUGGAGGCAGUGUUUACUGCCUUGGAAUGUACUGAGAAUGAUUACGAAGCUCUGUUUGCCCUGUGUCUUCUCUAUGCCAUGGGACACAAUGAAGGUAUUCACCAGGAAUUGAUGGAUUCUGUUUUAUUGCCCACAGAGAGGAGUGAAACAAAAGACCACUAUAACGUGGCCCUGGUGGAGCGCCUCAUCAGGAUCAUCACGCUUGCUUGUCAGCAUGGAAGUAAAGUCCGUUUGGCCACCCUGGAAUUGACAAUCCGUUUACUGAAGUUGUUAGUGUACAAACAGGACCAAUCAUUUCUACAGGACCGACACCUGGCCUGUAUAGAAAACGCCAGAGAAUGUAGCACCCAGCUGCUCAGAAACUUCUAUAAGAGUGAGGAGAUUUUCUUGGAUAUGUUUGAGGAUGAAUAUACACAAAUGAUAAAUCGUCCUCUUAAUGUUGAGUAUUUGACAAUGGAUGCCUCCAUCCUGCUACCCCCUACAGGGACACCUUUAACAGGCAUUGACUUUAACAAAAGAUUGCCAUGCGGAGAAGUGGAACGCUCCAGAAGGGCCAUUCGGGUAUUUUUUCUGGUACGAGACUUGUCCUUGACCUUGCUGAAAGAGGAAGAACUUCAGCUGCCACUCAACCGUGACCAAGCUUCAGUCAAAACCAAUGAUAUCUUAGAUCUAAAUAACAGUGACCUUAUUGCUUGCACAGUGGUCAUGAGAGACACGAGGAAGCAGGAGAGGCGAUUCCUGGUUAUAGACAAGUUACAGAUGAUUCUAGUGGAGCCCGACACCAGAAGACUGGGCUGGGGGGUGGUCCGCUUUGUUGGUUAUCUACAGGAUGUGGAAGUGACGGGGGAUAAGGAGGACAGUAGGUCCCUCCACAUUACGAUCCACAGACCGGCCAGUUCUCAACACACCCGGCCCGUCCCCCUCCUUAAUGCCAGGUUCAUCUUUGAUGAUCACAUCCGAUGUAUGGCAGCCAAGCAACGACUCACAAAAGGGCGGAUAAAAGCCAGACAACUCAAAAUGCACAUGAUUGAGAAGUUGAUCGACAUUCCGGGAGAUUCUAGUAGUCGACAAAGGCCGGUACCAGGUCGCAGCCACCCAGUCAGAGUGGUUGAUUCCUCCCCUAGAGAUUCUACAUCACAGAAUGUUUCCAGGCCACGGUCAGGCCACGUGUCUAGUGCCAGGAAAAGCCCCUCCCCAAGGAAUGUGUCUGACAAAAACCCCAGACCUUCCUCAGGUGGAGGGGCCACAGCAGCAGAGGAUGUGGAGGUAGCAGAAGAGGCCGCAGCCUUCGCAUACCAGUCCUUUAAUCAGGACACGGGGGGAGUCGUCAGUGUGCCCCCUGAGGUCCAAGCACAGCAGGAGAUACCAUUGGAGGAUUUAUCAAAGAAAAAGAAGAGACACUCGGGAAGAAAGCUCUCAGGGACAAAAUUAAUAGGGCCUCAAUCUGCUCAUCCGAGUAGAAGUCACUCCCAUAGUCCUAGGCGGAAUGAGAAAACGCAGACGAAGAAAGGGCGUGCCACGUCAUUGACAGUUAUAAUUGCACCACCUGAGGCCAGCAGGCCCCAUAGUAACAGUAGUCCAAUACCACUGAGCUCUUCUCCUGCACAAUCCUCCACCUCCUCCUCGGAGAACAGUCCUCAGACGUACGGCUUUACGCGUGACACAUCUAGUCAGUCCCCCAAAACCCUCAGGCCCGCUGAUGCUCCCACGCUCUCCCUGCUUCCUCAGGGGGGAGAUGAGAUCAACUCGGAGGAAAACUUGGGACCUAAAUUACUGCCUCCGACUGAGGUAGAGAGAAUCAGAAGUGUUAGUGACGUGUCCAGCACCAGUAGUGACACUCAGGGGGAACUGACGCGAAGCAACAGCAGUGCGUCAACAAACUCUAGUAAACCAGUGUUCGCCGUAAAGUCUGCUUCUGAAGCAGAAGUGAACAAAGACUCUGCUGGGGGUCAGGUAGUGCAGAUAGGUCAAGGUCAGGAUGAGUCUGCCUCGCAGCAGCUGACUAAACUGGCUCAGAUGGUUCAGCAGCAUUAUGGGUCUGUAGAAGAGGAGCCAGAAAACCAAGAAUCCAGUCUAGAUGGGGACCUGAAAGGCUCUGUUAAAAAUGUGUGAUAUGUGUAAUGGGUAUUAGGUGAUAUCUUAGUCAAAGAAUGAUUUGAUAUAGACUGCCAAAGUUGGUUACUGAAAUGACUCUUUUUUUUAUGGAACAAAGAUGAGCUUUCUUUUUUAAAUUUGUGCAUACUUGAAAUUGAUACUACAAAAAAGUUUUUUUUUUUCAGUUUUAAAUUUUUCUAUGCACUUUUACCAGUUGAAUGAAUUCUGCAUUAUAAAUGCACACAUAACUAAAAUAGAUAACAAAGAGUUUAUUUUAAGAUAUUUCAGUGAUAAUAGAAGUAGCCUUGAUAUAUAUGGUGCAUAUUAUUUUCACACAUUUUUUUCAGAUAAUAACACUAGAUUAUAAUUGUUUUG